GCCCGGGCCGGGGCCCCCUGGACUUGGUGGGCAGACGCAGCCUUUCCCCGCCGCAAGCGCUCUGCCGGCUGCGCCUAGCGCGGUGCGGACCCCUCCGCGUGAGUGCCGGUCCGUGGGCCUGGGCCAAGGCCUGAGCCCGACCUGGUCCUCCCGUCCUCCAACGCCCACCUGCCCGCCUCCGCCGAGUCCCUGGAGACGGUUCCAGGGAGGGUCUGUGUCUGUUAUUGACGAGGCUAAAAAUGAGGGCUCUGGACCCUCCAACUGGACCGCAGUCCUAGCCCUCCUCUGUAAAGGGAGGCUGCACAGGAAGGUUGCACACUGCCGGCGCCCGGAGCAUCGGGCCGCUCCCUGACACCUCUCUCCAGAGUCCCUCAACUCGGAAACCCGCCUCGUGUCUCCCAGGAGCCAUGGAGGCUGUGGAACUCGCCAGAAAGCUGCGGGAGGAAGCCACGUGCUCCAUCUGCCUGGACUACUUCACUGACCCUGUGAUGACUGCCUGCGGCCACAACUUCUGCCGAGCCUGCAUCCAGCUGAGCUGGGAGAAGGCGCAGGGCAAGAAGGGGAGGCGGAAGCGGAAGGGCGCCUUCCCCUGCCCCGAGUGCAGAGAGAUGUCCCCGCAGAGGAACCUGCGGCCCAAUCGGCUGCUGACCAAGGUGGCCGAGAUGGCGCGGCAGCAUCCUGGCCUGCAGAAGCGGGACCUGUGCCAAGAGCACCAGGAGCCCCUCAAGCUUUUCUGCCAGGAGGACCAGAGCCCCAUCUGCGUGGUGUGCAGGGAGUCCCGGGAGCACCGGCUGCACCGCGUGCUGCCUGCCGAGGAGGCGGUGCAGGGGUACAAGUUGAAGCUGGAGGAGAACAUGGAGUACCUGCGGGAGGAGAUCACCAGGACGGGGAAGCUGCAGGCCAGGGAGGAGCAGAGUUUAGCCAAGUGGCAGGGCAAGGUGAAGGAGCGGAGAGAACGCAUUCUGCUGGAGUUUGAGAAGAUGAACCUCUACCUGGCAGAGGAAGAGCAGAGGCUCCUCCGGGCUCUAGAGAGGGAGGAGGAGGAGACCACCAGCAGGCUCCAGGACACCGUAGCCUGCCUGGACCGGCAGGGCCAUUCCCUGGAGCUGCUGCUCCUGCAGCUGGAGGAGCGGAGUGCACAGGGGCCCCUCCAGAUGCUGCAGGACAUGAAGGAACCCCUGAGCAGGAAGAACAGUGUGAGUGUGCAGUGCCCAGAGGUCGCCCUCCCCACCGGACCCAGGACUUUAUGCAGGGUUCCCGGACAGAUCGAAGUGCUCAGAGGCUUCCUAGAGGAGGUGGUGCCGGACCCCACCUCUGCAUACCCCUACCUCCUCCUGUACGAGGGCCGCCAGAGGUGCUACCUGGGCUCUCCGCCAGAGGAAAGCGGCUUCUGCAGCAAAGACAGAUUCGUGGCUUACCCCUGUGUUGUGGGCCAGGCCACCUUCUCCUCCGGGAGGCACUACUGGGAGGUGGGCAUGAACAUCACUGGGGACGCGCUGUGGGCCCUGGGUGUGUGCAGAGACAACGUGAGCCGGAAAGACAGGGUCACCAAGUGCCCCGAAAAUGGCUUCUGGGUGGUGCAGCUGUCCAAGGGGACCAAGUACUUGCCUGCCAUGUCCACCCCCACCCCCACCCCUGUCAUGCUGACGGAGCCUCCCAGCCACAUGGGCAUCUUCCUGGACUUCGAGGCUGGGGAGGUGUCGUUCUACAGUGUGAGCGAUGGGUCCCACCUGCACACCUACUCCCAGGCCGCCUUCCCGGGCCCCCUGCAGCCUUUCUUCUGCCUGGGGGCGCCGAAGUCUGGUCAGAUGGUCAUCUCCACAGUGACCAUGUGGGUGAAGGAAUAGAUACCAGGCCGGGGGACUCUGGCACUGCCCCCGGCUCUGCAGAAGGUGGGGGCCUUCUGCUCACUGCAGGCCACCUGCCAGGGUUCUCUGGCAUCACGCUGGCAGCCAUUAGCCACGCAGGGGGGUUCUCAAAGUCUAUAACCAUGAUUAAAACCGUCAAACAUUAA